GGCGUACUCAUCAAUCUAGCAAGUUUGAAUCAGGUCACGUUCAAUGCCGACAAGUCUCAAGCGACCAUCGGGGGAGGGUCCAAUAUCAGCAACACAAUUUCCCACGCAUACGCUGCAGGAGCUCUGGUUGAGACUGGUAACUGCAACUGUGUGGGCACACUGGGAGCGAUACUCGGUGGUGGCUACGGAAACCUUAUGGGGUUAUAUGGUUUCGGAGUUGACAAUGUCCUCUCGCUCCGCGUUGUCACAGCUGAUGGCCAGAUCCGCAAUGUGACCGCUGCCUCUGAUCCGGAUUUGUUCUGGGCUCUCCGAGGUGCAGGGCCUAAUUUCGGCAUCGUGACAUCCGCAGUGGUGAAGGCGCACCCGGCCUCGAGUGAUGACAUGCUGGCCUGGACAGGCUCCUUGGUGUUUACAUCCGACAAGCUGGAACAAGUCGUGCAGGCCAUUCAAGAUCUAAAACUCCUUCCGAACAUGAACGUCUUCAUGUAUUUCCUCUCGGAUGGAUCCCCAGCGAACGUGCCAAUUGUUGUGGUCGCGCCCUUCUUAUAUAAGGGCAAUGCGACAUCAGGCCGCUCUGCGUUUGCCAGUAUUUAUGCGAUCGGCCCAGUAGCAGAUAGCACCAGCGUCAUACCGUACAACCAGUGGAAUUCUGCCGGCAACUCACUAUGUGUACCCGGAGCACGGAAGCCAGGCUAUGGUGCUGGCUUUCAGAAGAUGGUCCCCGCUACCUGGCGUCAAAUAUGGGACAAGUUUGUCGAAUUCCAACAAACGCCUGGGGCACAGAGCAGCGGUGUGCUGCUAGAGGCGUACUCCCUCACGAAGGCGAGAUCGGUGGAUUCUCAAUCGGCGGCUUUCCCCUUCCGAAACGUGAACUUCAACGCCUUCAUCAUACCUUGGUAUAAUGACACGUCUCUUGACGACAAGGCCGAAUUGCUCGGAACUGCGUCACGCGACCUAUGGAGAUCUACGGAUGGCUUGAGUCGCAAUUCCACCUACAUUAACUUUGCUCAUGGCGAUGAGCCUCUAGAGGUGGUGUACGGCGACAGCCUUUCUAGGCUACGGUCUAUCAAGCGCCGGUUCGAUCCUUACAACCGGUUUAGUCAAUGGUUCGACAUACAGUAGCUUAGUAAGACACAUCUUACAAGGUGAUGCAUAGCGCUGCCCGCACCUGCUGGCAGUUACUACACGUGAAUAGAUACAUAGGCUUUCUAGGGCCAUACUAGCCUAC